AUGAGCCGAUACGAUGGACCAGAGGCUGUUGAGCGGGAUCCUACCCAGCCAUACGCUGCUGCUUUACAAUCAUGGGAAAACUCUGUCCGCGAUAGGCAUGCGAUCGAGCAGAACCUUCACAUGAGCUACGUGGAUUUGCUUCGCCGCUAUCGAGAGAAAUGUGACGAGUGCGACCGCGAGAAGCGCAACGCUAUGAUUUGGGAAAAAGAACAGCGCAUGUCUGAGAGAGAGUUGAAUGGUCUCAAGGUUGCUGUCGAAGCUUCCCCCUUUGCCUUUGUCGUUGUUGACGGGGAUGGGGCUGUCUUUCGGGAGGACCUUAUUGCCCGUGGGGAGGAGGGCGGCGGACAAGCUGCUCACGAGCUGCAUCAACAACUUAAGGCUUACUUCCACGAAAACCCACAACUCUCCAACAUCGACAGCAUUUUUGUGCACGUCGUCCUUAGUGUCGAGGGACUCUCCCGGGCUCUUCAUGCUUCCGGUACUCUCCCUGUUACCGACUAUGCCGCCUUGAACCAAGUUUGCCCGCGGAUUCGCCCGCGCCCAGCCUCUUUUCACCUUCACCGAUGUUGGCUACGGCAAAGGAACAGGCUGAUCAUAAAGUGCUCGUUCCGCGGCAACCACAAGAUCUGCCUGCUGGAAACGACCCCUCCCGCUGCCGACUUCAGGAAGUUUACCUUCAAGCGCGUUGCCUUCCCUUCGGUCUUCCGCUCGGAGCCCAUACCGUCCAAGCCGGCUGCCCUCUCGGCAUACACAGCGCCGCCGGUGGUGUCUCCGGCAUACACUGGGCCCAGAACCUCGCCGCCACCACUAUUCAGCCCCAUCGGAAAUGGGAUGAACAGCUUGCCUAGCCCGGCAGCCACCGUGUCCCCUAAGCCUGCCCCGGCUCCGAUUGCCGUGAGCAAGCCUGAAGCCCAGUCCACCAACAGCUAUGCCACCGUGGGGCGAAGCACCGCCCCCUUGACUAUCAACAUUGCGAGCCAGAAGAAGCCAGCUUCGACCCGUCCCUUUUAUAUGCUCAACGGCAAUAACGAGCGCGUGGAUGUCCCUCUAGGCAAGCCCGAUAUUAAUGCUGUCAAGGCGCUGGAAGAGCGGAGGCAGAUGAGCGGCAUGAAUCUUUGCAACCGCUACCAUUUGGCUAACAACUGCAAAAACACCAACUGCAAUUUCUAUCACGGCGAGCGCUUGACGCCCGCCCAGCUGCUUGCUCUGCGCCAUAAGACUCGAAACCUAGUCUGUGGCUCUGGCCACCAUUGCCGCGAGGUUACGUGCAACCUCGGCCAUCACUGCGCCAACGCCGGGUCGUGUUACUUUGGUGACGAUUGUCGUUUCUCCGAGAUGCACGGCAUGGAUACUACUCCCACGCUUAAGGUUUACGAGGAUGGUAGCCGCGAGCUCAUCUAG